AGUGAGGAGUGCUGUGUGAGGAGUGCUGUGUGAGGAGUGCUGUGUGAGGAGUGCUGUGUGAGGAGUGCUGUGUGCGUGCUGUGUGCACGCAUUGCGUCGCGCCGGGAUGCGUGGGAAGAGUUGGGCUCUCCCGCAAGUACAGGAGCUGCACAAGAAUGACAACAACAAGACAGAUUUCUGCAAUCCUGCAUUCGAACCCAGUCCGACUGAGGGAGAUAACGAGACACCUGAUGCCACUCCAGGCGUGCGGCACAGCGUGUGGAGCGGCGUGUGGAGCGUGCGCAGGCUGCUGCAGGGAGUGGCGUUUGUGCUGGGAGCCGCUGCUCUUGCAUCAGCAGCAGCGAUCACCACUCACACCCUCCUGUCCCAGUCGUCUCGGCCGUGGAACAACGCCACGAACGCACCAAGCCCAGACUCGCAGGUGACAGCCGGCACCACCACCGCGUCGACGCCUCUCCCGGGGCCCACGCCCGUCCCUCCCCAUCCAGCGCUUUGCGGAGGCGAGCUGCGGGGCCUGCUCGGAUCGUUCCACACGCCGGGCUACGCGGAGGGGGUGCGCUACCCGCGCGCGGUGCGCUGCGAGUGGCGCGUGCAGGUGCCCGCACACCUGCACGUGGCGCUGCGCUUCUCGGGGCGCUUUGCCGUGGAGGGGGCUCCGCCGUGCCUACACGACGCGCUCACGCUCACCGACGCCGCCACACAGACGCCCAUCACACGGCUGUGUGGGGGGCGGGCCCCCCCAACGCUCCACACGCACACGCACUCGCUCCUCGCAGUGUUCACCUCCGACUCCAGUGUGGAGGAGGCAGGGUUCAACGUGACGUACCACGCACACCACCCGGACACCCUGGAGUGCGCGCAGGAUGAAUGGGCGUGCGACGUGGGACGCUGUCUCCUGCCGCAGUUCGUGUGCGACGGCGUCACGGACUGCGUGGACAGGAGCGACGAGGAGAGCUGCAACGGCACCUUCCAGCUCGGCUGUGGAGGGGUGCUCACAGACUCUGAAGGCACCAUCACGUCGCCUCUCUACCCAGAGCUAUACCCCCCGUUACAGGUGUGCGUGUGGCGUAUCGUGGUGCCCGAGGGCCUGGUGGUGGAGCUGCACGUGGAGGAGUUCAACCUGGAGCCCCACCCCCUGUGCCUGUACGAUCACCUUGAAGUGCUCGAUUCACCACCCGCACGUACGCUCAUUGGCCGGUUUUGUGGGUCCCAUGUCCCACCUCCUCUGAUCUCCUCUGGUAACGAGCUGCUGGUCAGUUUCGUGUCCGAUGAAGAGACGACGGCACCUGGAUUCAGGGCAACCUACAUCGCCGUCAACCAAUCAGAGCGUGGGUGUGCGCAGGAUGAAUUCAAGUGCUUUGCCCCAGUGGCAUGCAUUCCCAUGGAGUGGGUGUGCGACGGUUGGUUUGACUGCAUGGACGGAAGUGAUGAGAGAAACUGUACUGCAUUGAACAUCACACAAACCAACAACAGUGAUGUGGAGUGUGAAGGUGUGCGAGUGGAGAUGUGUAGCGGACUCAGCUACAACCUCACGUCGUUUCCCAACGUCCUGCUCUCGCUGCCCGACCAAGACACAGCGGAUGCCCUGCUGCAGCAUUACAAGGUGCUGACGGAGCUGGCGUGUUACCCACACCUGCGCUUCUUGGUGUGUGCCGUGCUGGUGCCGGGCUGCGUUCCGGGAGAGGGCGUGCGGCCCCCGUGCCGCGAGGUGUGCGCCGAGGCGCUGGAAGCCUGUGCCGAUGCGAUGCAAACCCUCGGCUUACCCUGGCCAAUUAGUUGCGAGCUCUAUCCCGAGGCCGCCCAGGGUGGCUGCACCCUGCCCUGACAUUUGACCGCGCGACCUCUCAACCAGAACUCUCGAAAUGUGAUGAUGAACCUAACUCAGAUUCCAGAGGAGCACAUGACCAAUAUACAACCAUGCCUAGAGUAAUCUGAAUCUAUGUCCCCAAGCACAAAUUACGAAGGGCUCACUAUGUAUGUUGUCAAGAAUGUACUUUUUUUUUAAAGCUAUCAAAUUUCUGGGAGGCUCAACCGGAACACAUGGUGAGCUUGCAGUCACUCGUGUCAACCGUGCCCACGAUUGGACACUCAACCCCUAAACCCCAUUCACAGAGUAGUGAGUGGCGUCUUCCUCCUGCUAAUUGGCCCCACCCACCCCUCUCCCGCCCUUUGCCCACACAAGGAGUCGAACAUGAAUGCAUGAAAAACAUUGUAAGUGGGAUAAAAUUCUGAUUUUCACAACAUUUUCAGAACACUGGGACAGCCAUCCUGAAAACUGGGACUGGCCAGGACAUUUGGUAGCUUUGCCAGAAUUUUGGCAAAAAUGUGUCGACGUCUUUAUCACCAGCAAUGGGGAAACUAUUGAAUAUGAUUGAUUUUUGGUGGUGUUUUAAAAAAAAUAGUGAGGCUAGCUUGCACUCGACUGCAGACUUGUGUCAUGAGGGCUGAACCAUGCUGUCCUUGUGUUGUAAGUGGUGCUGCAGAGCAUUCGUGUUCUCAGAACCAACCCCAGUUGUAAUCAGAUCUCUGCCAAACAUGUGAAAAUAUAGGUAAGAUAAUCCAUUGCAGGUUAGCAAUGUUUUGAUAAAAUCUUUCAGAACAUCAUAUUUUCCACGCUCUUUUCAGAAUAGUACCGUGGGGCUGGUGUUUAUUUUUUUGUAUAAAACAAUUAGUGCACAGUUAAUAAUAAAACAAAUUAUUUGGCAAUGCUGCUGCGUUGGCAGUGGUGGACCAGCACAAUGAAGAACAAAACUCCACACAUUAGUCAUAAACACCGUGACCUUAAAAUUAAACAAAUAUAUAUAAAAGAGGUGACGUUUUGGUUAAUGGCCCUUCUGCAAAGCAGAAUCAUAAUAUUUAGACUGGAGUAAUCCGACGAGCAAUGAAGCUCUUUUUCACAGAUGUCCAGUAGGGGCGAGUAAGAAAGUUACAACAAACAAUACAAAAAUGAUAGCAGUGCACAAUACAAAAAAAGGUAAGCAAAUCACUGAAUAUAAAUAAAUAGAUUAUAAAAUAAAAUACUGUAUACAAGUCUGAUUUUCAACAAAAUGCAAGAGUGGGCAAAGCAUUACAUUCCAUUUCUGGGGCCACACAGGGGCUGCUUCAUUUUAAUGUGCUGUGAAGAAGGGCCAUUGCCCGAAACGUCGCCUAUUAUAUAUUUUAAGACCACACUGUUGUUGACGAUUCUAUUGAGAUAAAAAGAAACAGGCAUAAAUGCAUUUCAUCGUAUGCUGUCCACUUUGAUAAGAGCUAUAUUUGUAAGUUAACUUGUUAAUGUCACAAACACAUACUGGUAUCAGUUGUCUGAACUAUAAUCUCAUAUCUGCCUUAAUUUGAGAGGAGCAUGGUGUCAAAAGUAGUGAAAUAUUCUUGCAGAGGUUUUUUUUUUAUCAGAUGUAACUGGUUUGAUUGCUGAUGUGCUGGCAGACAUUACUUUGACGUAGCGAAUGGUAUUUUUUAGAGUGUGAAUUUGCAUUUAUAUUUUUAUAUCACCUUUUCAAGUUUAAUGUACGUACAGUGCUAUCGUAAUUUCACCGCUGUUUUCCACUAGUCAUGAGUUUUCUAUAUGAUGUACACUGCUUCAACUAUAGCGAUGAGUUGUGGAUUUAACAUUUCUGGAAUUAUUAAGGACGAUUUUGGAUAUAUUUUUUCCAGAUUUUCGGAACACUUACAUUUCAUGCAUAUGUAACGUGUCUUUGUGUCAACAGGGUACACUUUGAUGUCACACAGCAUCUUAGCACAUAGCUGGCUGUGAUGUCACAAGCUGUGCUGUCAUAGAGCACAGAGCUUGCUGCGAUGUCAUAGGGCACAAAGCACGAUGUGAUGUCUCAGCGUGAAGCACUCUGCGAUGGAACAGACAAAUCAUGCUGUGAUGUUACAGACAGCAUCCUGUGAUGCCACAGAGGACAGAACAUACUCUGGUGUCACAGAGCAGAUCGCAAGCUGGCGAUAUCACGGUGCAUAUAACGUUUUGUGAUGUCACAGAGCAAUCUGAGACGCCAAAAAGCACUGAGCAAGGUGUAUAGUCACAGCACAUAAAUAAUGCUGUGAUUGAUGUCAGGUUUUCCAUUAACUAUGUUAUUCAAAUCAAUCUGCCGUUUAUUUGAAUAAAAGCGACGUCGAAAAUCAGGUCAGAUGAAAAGGCGCUCUGCUCUGUACACCCUUUGUAACGAACGUGUCCUGCUCGUGCACAUGAUCAACACGUUUCAGUCAUUCAAUAAAUCGUUUUAACCACUUAUGCA